UUUGAAUCUUGAUUUUCAUAAAAAAAAAAUGAACAAAAUUUUCUUGUUUCUCUUUACAAUUUUAUCCUUAUUCCAAAAAAUUAACUCUCAAAGUGACACAUUAACAACUUCACAAAUUCUCAAAGAUGGUCAAACAAUAAUUUCAUCAGAUGGAACAUUUGAAUUGGGAUUUUUUUCUGCAGGCAAAAAUAGUUCAUCAAUAAAUCGUUAUAUUGGUAUUUGGUACAAAAAGACUUCAGCUUUUACACCAAUUUGGGUUGCAAAUAGACAAAUUCCAGUAAAGGGUAUUUCUGGAAUCUUGAAAAUUGUUGAACCAGGUUAUCUUGUUUUGAUUAAUAAUGUUACUAAUGACACUAUUUGGAGUACUAAUUCUUCAGUAAGUGUGAAAAAUCCAGUUGCUAAGUUGUUGGAUACAGGGAAUUUUGUGGUUAAAGAUGCAAAUGAUGAUGAGUUGUUGUUGUGGCAGAGUUUUGAUUAUCCUAGUGAUACUUUGUUAGCAAGUAUGAAACUUGGAAGAGAUUUGGUGACUGGGUUGGAAAGGUAUCUUAGGUCAUGGAAAAGCGACGAUGAUCCUGCUCCCGGGGAUUAUACAUAUCAUUGUGAUCCUACAGGUUAUCCACAGGACCUUAUGAGAAAAGGUCCUAAUGUAGUUUAUAGAGCCGGGCCAUGGAAUGGUCUUAGAUGGAGUGGAGCACCAAACAUGGUGAACAACUCGAUCACCUCUUUCGGCCUAGUCAUGAACAAUCAAGAAAUUUACUACAAAUACGAACUAGUAAAUAAAUCCGUGCUUACUACUUUAGUGCUAACACCUAAUGGUGAUGCGAUGCGUAUGAUUUGGUUAGAAAAGAGAGAGGGUUGGGUUAAUUACCAUUCCGUAGAUGCAGAUCAUUGUGACACUUACAAAUUGUGUGGUGCAUAUGGCACUUGCACAAUCUUUAGCGAUCCUGUGUGUCGUUGUUUGGAUAAAUUCGUUCCAAAACAUCCGGAUGAUUGGGACAGAGCUGACUGGUCAAGUGGUUGUGUCCGAAAUCAUCCAUUGAAUUGUUCAGAAGAUGGAUUUAUAAAGUAUUCUGGUGUUAAAUUGCCAGAUACUCGGGAUUCUUGGUUUAACGAGACUAUGACACUCGAUGAAUGUAAGUUAGUUUGCUUGAGAAAUUGUUCAUGUAUGGGAUAUACUAAUCUGGACAUCAGUAAUGGAGGAAGCGGGUGCUUGCUAUGGAUUGGGGAGCUCGUUGACCUCAGACAGCUAUCGGAAUCAGGACAGGAUAUCUAUAUUAGGAUGGCUGCUUCUGAGAUAAGUCCUAUCGAUGGAUCAAAUCGAAAGAAAAGAGUUAUACUUGCAAUUGCUUUGCCAUUAUCGAUUGCAACAGUUCUACUAGUGGUUGGAGUAUGCCUGAUUCUUCGUAGACAGAAAAAGAGGGCGGAAACAAUGCUCAUAGAAAAAAGGAAAUUGGACGACAACAAUAACAAAGAUAAAAACAAUCAAAUUCGUCGUGAAGCUUUGGAGCUACCACUCUUUGACUUGUCCACAAUAAUGGAGGCUACCGAUAACUUUUCACUUGAGAACAAGAUUGGAGCAGGCGGCUUUGGGAAAGUUUUCAAGGGAGUGCUAGAAGAAGGACAGGAAGUAGCUGUCAAGCGGCUCUCAGAAACGUCCAGACAAGGAAACGAUGAGUUCAAGAAUGAAGUCAUCUGCAUCGCAGAACUUCAGCAUCGAAAUCUUGUGAAGCUUCUUGGAUGCUGCGUCGAAGAAGAAGAGAAGAUAUUGGUGUACGAAUACAUGCCCAACAAAAGCCUGGAUUUAUUUAUCUUUGAUCAAACAAGGAGCACAUUACUUGAUUGGCCUAAGCGUUUCAACAUCAUCAACGGGAUUGCUCGAGGACUUAUGUACCUUCAUCAAGAUUCUAGGCUAAGAAUCAUCCACAGAGACCUUAAAGCUAGUAAUGUCUUACUUGAUUUUGAAAUGAACCCAAAGAUAUCAGAUUUUGGGAUGGCCAGAAGUUUUGGAGGGAACGAGACGGGAGACAAUACAAAUCGAGUGGUUGGAACAUAUGGUUACAUGUCCCCGGAGUAUGCAGUCGAUGGGAUUUUCUCAGUAAAAUCAGACGUCUUUAGCUUUGGCGUAUUGAUACUAGAAAUUGUAAGCGGAAAGAAGAACAGAAGAUUCAUUCAUCCGGACCACAAUCUCAACCUCAUUGGACAUGCAUGGAUGCUUCAUAGAGAAGGAAGAUCAUCGGAAAUAGUCGAUCCUAACUUGGUUGAAUCAUGUCAUACAUCUGAAUUGCAACGAUCGAUACACGUAGGAUUGUUAUGUGUUCAACAAAGUCCAGAGGACAGGCCAAACAUGUCUUCUGUGGUUUUAAUGUUGACAAAUGAAGGCAUUUUGCCACAACCAAAACCACCAGGUUUUUUCACAGAAAGGAACAUAGAUGAUGCCACUGGAUAUUCAUGGAGUGACCAAACACCUUGUUCUAUCAACGAUGUAACCAUCACUUUGUUGGAUGCUCGAUAGCACGUACACAGAAUUUUGUGCAAGCAGUAUCGACCUAUUGUCACAGUUUUACUUCCUUGUGAAUUGCUCCUAACUUUUACUUUACACGAUAUUGACAACACCAUAACUAUUGAUCAACCUAUUAAAGAUGGUGACACAAUUGUUUCAUCAGGUGGUGUUUAUGAACUUGGAUUUUUCAGGCCUGGAAAUUCGACAAAUCGAUAUGUUGGUAUAUGGUACAAGAAAAUAUCAACUGGAACUGUUGUUUGGGUUGCUAAUAGAAAUAAUCCAUUGAGUGAUAGUUCAGGUGUGUUGAUGAUCAAUCCUGAUGGAAUCUUAAUACUUGUUAAUAGUACUAACGUGACGAUUUGGUCAACGAAUUCAUCAACAAUCUUGAAGAAACCAAUAGCAAGAUUGUUAGAUUCAGGUAAUCUUGUCAUCAGGGAAGAAAAUGAAAACAGGCCUGAGUUUUUCGCCUGGCAGAGUUUCGAUUAUCCAGGGGAUACUCUGUUGCCUGGAAUGAAGCUCGGGCGGAAUUUGGUAACAGGCCUGGAUUGGUACCUGUCGUCGUGGAAGAGUCCUGAUGAUCCUGCUAUAGGUGAAUUUGUUGACAGGAUGGAUGUUCAGGGGUAUCCACAGUUAUUUGUAUGGAAAGGUUCAUCAAUUGCAUUUAGUUCAGGUCCCUGGAAUGGUUUAGCAUUUAGUGGGAGUCCUAGUUUGCAACCGAAUACGUAUUUUACGUUCGGUUUUGUACUGAAUCAGGAGGAAGUUUAUUACAAAUAUGAUCUUAAGAAUGGAUCACUGCUCACCAGGGUGGUACUAACCCCUGGAGGAUUGAUAAAUCACUAUACCUGGAUCGAUCGUACGCAGAGUUGGUUCCUUUAUUUGACAGCACAGUUUGAUAACUGUGAUCGUUUCGCGUUGUGUGGUCCUUAUGCAAGAUGUGUUAUUAACAACUCGCCCCCGUGUGACUGUCUGAGGGGUUUCGAGCCAAAGUAUCCACAGGAAUGGGAUGCAGCUGACUGGUCUAGUGGAUGUGUUAGGAGGACUCCGUUGGCGUGUCAGCAAGAUGGAUUUAGGAAGUUUACGGGGAUUAAAGUGCCUGAUACGCGGAAAUCAUCGUUUAACGAGAGCAUUGGACUUGAGGAAUGCGGAAAGUUGUGCUUGGCUGAUUGUAACUGUACAGCCUACUCAAAUAUGGAUGUUCGAGAUGGUGGAAGUGGAUGCUUACUCUGGGUCGGAGACCUCAUCGAUAUCAGAGAACUUAGUCCAAAUCAGCAGGACCUGUUUGUGAGAGUGGCUGCUUCAGAAGUAGACAAGAUACGAAAGAAAAAGAAGUCAAGGCUGAUUGCAAUCGUAUCAGCAGUAGCCGCGACUUGUAUCCUCAGCCUUCUAGCUGGGUGUGCAUUAUUCCACAGAAGAAAAAAGAGUAAAGGUAGGGAAGUUGGAGCAGACGAUAUGGAGUUACCAUUGUUCGAUUUAGUAACUGUUGCUAACGCCACUAAGAACUUCUCUUCUGCUAAUAUUAUUGGAGAGGGUGGCUUUGGACCUGUUUAUAAGGGGAAACUACGAAAUGGACCUGAGAUAGCGGUGAAGAGGCUUUCGGAAUACUCAGGACAAGGUCUUCAAGAGUUGAAAAAUGAACUGAUACUGAUAUCCAAACUACAACACAGGAAUCUUGUCAAGCUUUUAGGUUGUUGCCUUGAAGGAAAAGAGAGGAUGCUGAUAUAUGAGUAUAUGCCAAACAAUAGCUUGGACUAUUUCAUUUUUGAUCCAAGCAGAAAAGAAUCACUUUCUUGGAGAAAUCGCUAUGAAAUUGCGAUGGGAAUAUCUCGAGGCCUUCUCUAUCUUCAUCAGGACUCAAGAUUAAGAAUUAUACACAGGGACCUGAAGGCCAGCAACAUUUUGUUGGAUACUGACUUGAAUCCAAGGAUUUCUGACUUUGGUCUAGCUAAGAUAUUUGGUGCAGACCAAAUGGAAGGAAAAACAAAGCGAGUAAUCGGAACAUACGGAUACAUGUCUCCGGAGUAUGCUGUCGAUGGGAAAUAUUCAGUGAAAUCUGAUGUCUUCAGCCUUGGCGUGCUUUUACUCGAAAUUGUCAGUGGCAGAAAGAACAGGAAGUUUCAUCAUUUGAGUCAUCAUCAUAAUCUUUUGGGACAUGCAUGGUUACUAUUGAAUGAAGGCAAUGCAUUGGAACUAAUGGAUGAGUGUUUAAAAGACUCAUAUGUUGAAUCACAAGUGUUGAGAUGCAUUCAAGUAAGUUUAUUGUGUGUACAAAAACUCCCAGAAGACAGGCCUACAAUGGCAUCAGUAGUGUUCUGGUUAAGCAAUGAUGGUGUGGAAUUGGCUCAACCAAAGCAGCCUGGUUUCUUUAUAGAGAGGGAUUCAACUAAUCAAUCAAAUGAAUCAACAGAUGAAAGAUGUGUUACUGACAAUGAGAUUUCACUAACAAUUCUUGAGGCAAGAUAGACAAAAUAUGAACUUGCAGUCGUGUGACCAGGAGGUCAA